AUGUUGCCGUAUUCUACUCGGCGGCUGCUGAAAUCUCUCAAGCUUCUGCUAUCGUUGAUCAUCGUAGCCUCUGUACUAUUUCUCUACAAUGUUUCACUUCGACAGGACUCUGCACUCAAACGAUAUCCUCCUCAAAAUCUUCCCCCUUACCAAUGCCCAUGCACUCUCCCAUCAAGAUCCCAAAAACCACAACACAUCAACCGAAAUCUGACUGAACAUCGUGCUCUUGUUCUCCUAGAGAGUGCCUAUUCGCGUCAUGGUCGCCUUCUUCAGCAGAUUCUCGGCGCUCUGAAAUAUCCUUUCAAAGCGGAAACUCUCUCGAAGAACCUGCCUCUCCUCACAACUGCAACUAAGGGUCGCUACGCAGUCAUCAUCAUUGAAAAUUAUUACAAAUACCUCAGCAUGGCUAGUUGGAAUCGACAAUUACUGGACAAAUACUGCGCCGAUUACGAUGUGCCUUUGAUAUCCUUCCUUGUCACUUUCUCAAACACCACCUUUCGAAGGCGAAUUGAGGGGUCAAAGCUCCAUUUUUGGCAAAACCAAGAGGUUACAUCCUUGAAAGUGGUUGAAUCCAGCGUCCAUAGGAUAGCGAAAAUUGGAGCCGAGAGAAGUGACAUUAGCUCUAGAGAAUGGACUCUCUUUGAAGAAUCUCCACCUUCCUCUACUGUAAGUGUUGAGUAUGGCACAAAGAAUACUUCAUUCAAAAUUUUUCUCAGAUCAUAUCUGCAAGGGAUGUUUUUGGUAGACCACGAGGCGCUGUCAUCCACUAUAGGCGCAAAGAAGACCGUGUAG